UUAAACACGAAGCGGCGGUGGUUCGGUUUAUACUAGUAAGCUCACCGGUCCAGUCUAGAGCCUGAUUUCAUGGCGACAAUUAGCGAAAGGUUUUCGGCUCCUAGCAAUUUCACCGCCGGUGAAAAGCCAGUGGUUGUUAGGAUUAAGCGCAAGUCUGACCAAUCUCGUCUCGAUGCCUUCUGGCUGGAAAUAAAUGAGAGGCCAGUGAAACGGCCGCUUUUGGAGUUUGAGAAGUUAUCACUCGUUGAUGAUGAUUCAGGCCAUGGACCAGUGGAGGAAUUUAAGACUAAGAAGCUUUUAGUACGGCAUUUUGAGACAGUUGAUAGCUCAGAGGCUGCCAUCAAUGUUGUGCUAUCUUUUGUUUAUAAUUCUGCUGAUACAGUUGAAGGAAAAUCGGAAAUUGAAGAACGAAAGUGGGCCUGUAAAAGAAAUGAUAAAAAAGAGCAACUUCUUUCCAAGAGCAGAAAGAAUCAAGAGGUUUUGGCACAAAAUGCUCGUUUUGAACAAAUAUGGAGGAGCCGUAAGGGGAAGAAAGAGGCAUUGAAUGAUAAACUGCACGACUUGUGCCAUUUUUAUGAUGUUGUUCGCAUAGAUGAGGAGGAAGAUCCCAGUGAGAUGCAAGAGCAGGAAACUAUGUCUUUGGAGGAUCAGAGGAUCCUAUAUAGCUAUGUGCCUCUUGCUAGAGAGUUUAUACCAGGUGCUAUUGCACAAAUUGAAUCUGAUAUAUGUGCUUACUUGUCUAAGCAAGGUUGUGAGUUUAUACCAAGUACUAUUGCAGAGAUUGAAUCGGACAUAGGCGCUUACUUGCCUGAGCAAGUUGAAUGUGUGUAUGACUAUUACACUGCAAUGGACGACAUGGAUAUUGAUGGUCAAGAUGCUAUAAAUCCAUUUCCCCUGGUACAAGUGAAGGAUGAGGAUUUCUAUGAUGGACCAGAUGAAAAGUCAGAAUAUGACAGUGAUGAUUCUAAUGCUGAAGCUCAUCCAAGGAAUGAUUAUCCUGAUGAAGAAUCUGAGGAGGGGAGUGAAUCGUUGACUUACGAAUCAUCAGAAGAAGAAAAAGAAGAAAGUGAUGACGCCAGCAGUAAAUCUUCAGAAUUUGAGCACUCUAGAAAUGGUUUUUAUGAAGAUGAUACUGAUAAUAUUGACAAUGAGGAUCCUGAUGAUAAUUUUAAUUAUAAUUAUAUUGAUGAAAAUUAUAGUUGAUUUAUUUAUUAGCAAAAUAAUGUUCCGGACUUGCAUUUUCUUUUUCCCCUUACAUUCACAUUUUCCAUUCUGUUACUUGUUCCCGACAUAGUUAAUUGUAUCUGUUCAACGAAUUUAUGGAGGAAAGCAUUUCACUUGUUUC